AUGGCACGAAUGGGGCUAGUGCUCCACCCACUAGGUUAUAAUGGGUUGUCAACCCCUAUCAUCCCCAACAGGCCUUCCCUCGCAUUUAUUAAACCUUUCCCAUGCAAUUGUUCGUGAGAAAACAUAGGAACCAGAUAUUCGAGCCAUCAUGAUUCGAACGAGCUUGCCCCAACCUACCCGGCGGUCCAGGUACUCAAGGGCGAAAUCAGUAUCGGAAUCAGUGUCGGAAACGAUCCGAACCACUAAGAAAAGAAUUCUUUUCGAAUUUCACGAAGUCGAAGCUUGGCAACGCGACAAUGAGUUUCUCCGUGGUAAAUAUCGAACCGUCUCUGGAUCCUAUAUCGAGUCAUUGAAGAGCAUCUUCUAUCUUCAUAAUCAAACCGGAAACAUCUAUUCCCACCUGAUCGGAGCCGUUAUUUCCUUGGUUUAUGCUUUCUAUGUCGGUGGAACGAUUUUGAACCGAUACCCCACCGCGGACGUGUACGACCUUCUUGCCUUUGGUGUCUUCCUGGGAAGUGCUUUUAUUUGCUUCGGACUCAGUGCUUCUUUCCAUAUUUUCGGGAACCAUUCAAAUGAAGUCUACCACACCUGGCUCAUGUUCGACCUUUACGGUAUUUUCGUCCUCAUCGUGGGAACCGUCUAUUCAGGAACGUAUUACGGAUUCUACUGCGAGCCUCAGUACUGGAGAACGUACUCUGUCGGCAUCGCGGUCGUUGUGUGUGCAUGUGCCACACUUUGCUCGAUUCCGCGCUUUCGUGCUCCGCAAUGGAGAUGGGCAAGAGCAUCAGUGUUCACCGCAAUUGGAUGGCUGGGUGCUUUGCCUAUGACGCACGCAGCACAGAGCUGGGGCAUUGAGCAGGCUCAUAAGCAGAUGGGCUGGUGGUAUCUCAUUCUGGAAGGAUUGUCCUACGGUUCCGGUGCCGCCCUUUAUGCAGUCAGAUUUCCCGAACGCCUUCGUCCGGGACUUUUCGAUAUCUGGGGCAGCUCUCAUCAGUUGUUCCAUGUUUUGACCGUCUGUGCUGCUGCUUGCCAUCUGAUCGGCCUUCUCAAAGCUUUCGACUACAACCACGACCCUUUGACCAGGAGAUGCUUAGUUCCAGAAGCACCCUUUUAAUUGAACCUAUUCAACAGAAUAUUCAACAUCAGCCACUUCACAAGCCGGACUUGAACGGAUUCGCGGACACUUAACGACAUCUCCAUAUGAUCAUGGACGAUGCACAGCAAUAGCGACCAA